ACGAAGAUACUUGAAAUUAGGAAUUGAUGGGACGUUUGACUGAGUGGGAGAAACCGGUUCCUCGUUAUCCAGUUAUUGACCGGAACCCUUCUCCCGGUAAAGUAUGGAGAAGUUUCGACCUCUCUGAAUACGGCAGAAUCGUUUUGCUCACUUCUAUUGGGUGUAUUGUUGGUUUGACGUCAGCUACAAGAACAACAAGGACAAGUAGUGUAUUCAUGGGAGGACUUUCCGGUUUAUGGGGUUCUACAACUUGGGCGUAUAUGUCCACUCGAAACAAACUGAGAGGAAUGAAAGAUAACGGUCUCGGUCGGAUUCCUAUUGAAACUGCACAUCGCCAGAUGCGUGAAUAGCACUGUGCUUAAAAGGACUAAUC